UGGCCGAGCUCUUUCUGUGUGGCUUUAGGAAGGAGGAUAGAAUGUGUCAUCCCAAAAAAUGCGGACAGUUGGACAAUCCACGGACUAUGGCCCAGCAACAUCAUCCAGUGUUGCCCUUACUGGCUUCUCUUCCCUUCUGACCUGGUGGACUUGAUGCCGGAGCUUGCCCAGCACUGGCCGUCCUUCACCAAUCGGAGCAGCUUUCAGUUCUGGGACAAAGAAUGGCAGAAACAUGGGACGUGCGCCGGCUGCCUUGAAACUUUGAACUCCCCCAACAAGUACUUCCGAGCCAGCCUCUCCCUGCACGCCAAAUAUAAUAUCGACAGGGCAUUUCAAAAAGGUGCCAUCCUCCCAUCCUGCAGCCGCAGCUACCAGAAAAAAAUGGCUGACAAUGAAGAGGCCUUCAAAGAGGUCCAACAGCAGUCUAAAUUAGCAGCAUCCUUUCAGCGCUGUCAGAUCCAAUCUCUUUGGAAAGAAAAGCCACCCCUCUCCGUCACCUCGGAUGAGUCUCUUACUUACCCAGAAUGUUCCAGUCCUGUUCAUCUCACACAGAGAAAAGAUGCAUCGUUCUCUCAGCUUCUUUCCACCAACAUUCUAUCUUUCGAGAAGCUGCCCCUGGACAGGUGGGAUCGGCCAAUGGACACCAAUUCUAACACGCAAGCUAAGGACCAAGAUCAAGACCAGAUUCCCCACGACCACCGCUGUGCUGCGUUGACCAGUGACAUCGGUGAGAUGCUUCUCGGAGUCCUGCCCUACCAGGACUGUAUGAGCACCGUAGCAGCUUUCAUCCUGGAGAGAGAGGUUGCUGGCAGCCAGAGCUCCUGCAGGGAGACGUAUGAAGUGGUUGCCCUGGGAACAGGAGACUUUUGCUACGAGGGCUGGAUGGAGUUCAGCGGCAGAACUCUCCAUGAUAUGCAUGGGCUGGUGGUGGCUCGCAGAGCGCUGAUCAGGUACUUCUACAAGCAGUUACUCCUGUAUAGCAGCAAUGACCCUGCAGCUGUUGAGAGAUGCAUCUUCUGCCUCACAGAGGACGGGACGCACUUGGCUCUGAAACCAGGAUUCUUUCUGCAUCUCUAUCUGAGCCGCAGGCCCAGUGGAGCUUUGGAGAACUUGCAUGUCACAGCAUCGCAGCCAAAUCUGCCCCUCGAGACCAGCGUCUAUGUGAAAGGUACACAGAGACCCAUCGCUUAUUGCCGUCCCAGUAUGCUGGCUGCUUACAUCUGCUGCAGGUCCGGCAGUGACAAGCUGGCCCACUGGACCGUCUUGGGUGUCCAGGGAGCGGUCCUGAGCCACAUCAUCCACCCCGUCUACAUCACCAGCAUCGUCAUGGCUGACACUUGCCAAGACAGUGCCCUUCAGAGCAUCAAUGGGCGGCUGCAGUUAGCCAAGGAGAGCUUGCCGAAGCCCUACCGCCAAAACCCUGUGCACAUCUUCCAAGGUCCCUGUGUCGCCUCUCAGGGGGCGCUGCCCAAGUGCCACUCAUGGAGCUUCAACUGGUCUGGCGGAGACGACGCCCUGGAACUUGUCAACGGAGCAGUUGGGAAGGCGGCACAGGACAUUCUGAGCCCAGACGGCCCCUGCCGCCCCAGUCGGAUUUGCAAGGCUGCCAUGCUGAAGUCCUUCCGGAAAGUGGCAAAGGAGAUGAACAGAGGAGGCCUGGCCACGCUGGCCACUUACUACGAAGCCAAAGUUCAAGCGGUGGCCUAUCAAAGCGUGAAGCAGCUGGUCUGUGCCCAGCUGGGCUUGCAAGGGUUUGGCAAGUGGUCCCAAAAGAGGCUUGUGGACAUCUUUGCCAGCUGACCUGGCUCCAUAGCAUAGCAUCCGGAAGCCGGAGGGUGUCUAGGCUUUAGAGGGAUGAAGGACCAGUUGAUCUUCAGUCGAGCAAGUGAAGGUCUUGGAUGUUGUGAUGUUCACUGGGAAGUUUUUAAAUAAUUUGUUUUUACACUGUCUCCUCUCAAGGCUGUUUCCUGUGUGAGGCUUUUAAGUUAGCACCGUUUAAGUUGUGUACAGGGGAGGCUAGUGUGUUUCCCCUUUUUUUGGUUGUAUCUCCCUCCCCUCAUUUUGUAUCUGUGAGUGCCUUAUCUGACACACACAGCGCAAGGUGAAAGGUACUCUGUGCAAGCUAAACAUCUUUUAAAAUUGCACACUUUCAGAGGAUAUAUUCAAAGAGCAAAAUUCUCUAAAUGUUGUUAACCAGGGAUUAGAUUUUUACCAUUUUUAAUGUGCGCCAAUGGUGCUAAGUUUGUGCACUUUAAAGUCUUCCUUGCUUUACCAGUUAUUGGAAGAGAAAAUCUUCUCUUUUCUUCGCAGUUUAGUUUUCAGUGCUACCAUUCUGUUUUUUGGGGGGAGGGGAGUUGAGUGAGAAAUUGGCACUUCUGUUGAGUAUGGGUGGAAACAGAGCUCAGUGUUUGGAGUUUGGAAAGGCCUUAUCCUUUUGUAACACAGUCUUUAUAAACAUGGGUCCCAUUAAAAGAAGUAUUGAUCUUG